AUGGACAAUCAUCACUCCUCUUCCGCGCCAUCUUCCAAGCGCUCUUCCACCCUUUCACCGUCAGUCAAGAAAGCCCUUACUCUGAAGGAGCAGCGGGUACUAUAUGCUGCGAAAGCAAAAGCAGCUGGCAAAGAGGACGCCGAGCCAGCUUUCAGAACAGUGCAGGUGCCUAUUACCUCAGUCACUUCGAAACAUCUCAACAGGCGUGCUACCAAGCCCACAUCCAAGUCACCCAAAACGGCCCCUGCCGGAUAUGGACCCAAGGUCGUCAUGAAGGAGAAUUUGCGCCCCUCUUCGAAGUUUGCCGCAAAGACUUCUACCAUUUCACCGCCAGUCAACAAGAAGGCCCUGACAUUGAAGGAGCAACGGGCACUUUAUGCUGCCAAACAAAAGGUGGUAGUUGCCCCGGGUAUCCGUCGGGUUUCUUCCAGAACUGGAUCAGAGCCACUCAACAAGCGAUCUGUCAACCGCAACUACUCUACUUCGCCGACAGCUUCCGCUCUUGCUUCCGCCUCCUCAGUCGGUUCUCCUACAAGCCCACCAGUCGCCAAGAAGGCCCUGACGUUGAAAGAGCAAAUGGCGUUAUAUGCUGCAAGAGGGAAGGUCACUGCCCCAGUUCUUCGUGAGGUUCAAUCCAACGUUGAGGUGGGAACGCCCACCGAGAUAGCUGUAAGGCGCUACUACUCUUCUUCGUCAACCUCAACGAAAGCUUCCUCUUCCGCCUCUAUUUCGCCCAAGACAGAUCUAAACGAGUCUUCAGUCAUCUCUCGCACAAAUGCCAGCUCUUGUUCUCGGACCGCUACCAAAAACUCUGCCAGCUCGUCAUCUCGGGCUAGUCUCAGGACUUCGAAACCGCCUAUUUGCCCUCAGUCGGUGGUCAGGAAGGCACUAGCAAAGUUCGAGCAAGAAGAAGAGGCCGAGGCUGCACGUCAAAUGAGUCCCCGGGAAACUUCUACUUCUACUCCAGUGCCCAAGACCUCGGGGGGGUAUACCCUGAAAGAGCAGAUGAAGUCUGCUGCGGCCAAGAGAGCCGCCCUCAAGACGGCGGAUGUGGAGGAUUCAGCAAAGACUUCCUUCGCAGAAGGUUCCUCUACUUCGGGCAGGAAGAAGAGAUCACGAGAUGAGGCUUUGUUGGAUAACCGCAAGGAUGAUGGGUCGGGCUGCCAAAAGGAGUUUUUGUCCCGCGGAAAGAAGCGCGCAAAGUGGUGUUAG